GGAUUUACGGCAAAUCUUUGUGAAAUUUCUGUUUACUUUAAUGAUGAUUGCGUGAUUUGUAUUUCGAAAGAAAUUAUUGGUCUUUCUCGAUCUAUUACAAUUAAAUAUGACAUAGACAAAGAAUCUCCAAAUAAAAUGUUUAAACUUGAAUCGGUCGUUGUGUGUAGCGUUAAAUUUGACGCUUAUAAGACUGUUAUCCCUCCCGGAACAAUAUCACUUAGCAAUUGCUUAAAGAAACGUGCGUCAGUACGCGUAAAAAUCGCCAGUCAAACUGCCAUUCAGAUCAUUCUUCCUGAAUAUAAAGAAUCAACAUCCUAUCACAAGUAUUUUACAAUAAAUAAUCUUUUCGACAACGAAGACUUUUCUUUUAGUGUUUUUAAGGAUUUACUACCAUUUCCAGAACAAGGAAAUAUCUUCAUUGGCUUUAGAACACAUCAAACAACCGGUUAUUCCGUCGAGCGUGAAUCGAUUGACUUGGCCCAACAAACGCUUUCAAUAUACAAUACAGAAAUGUUAUGUUCUGCUGGAACGUUAUGCCGAGUCUUAUAUGAAGAUGAAAUGAGUCAAGUCUCUCAAUCAUAUAAAGUUGCGAAAGUUGCGCCUAUCAUUGAUAAAACGAGGUUCGAAGCACGUUCAGCGCAUGCUCUUAAGCAUUUUACCUUUAAGCAAAGCACUCCAGAUGUCAAA